GAUGUCAAACAAACGAACAUAACUGGCAGUACUGGUGCACAGUCCUGAGAGGAUGUCUAAUAUUCUGGAAGUUAUAUUUCUUUCUUUGAUACUGAUCCACAAUGGCGAAACUGCCGAUAGGGUAGACAUAGAAAAUCUUUACAAUAACCUGAUACUAGGCGGAACAAUCCCGGAACUUCUUCAGAAUAUCCGACCCUCCGUCCACACCAAAGUAACGGGCUCCCUGAGUCUUCUCUCCAUCAGUGGCUUGGAUGAAAUAUCUGGGACAUUUUCAGUGAUGGUCACCUUAACUUUGCAGUGGAAUGACGACAGACUCACCUGGGAUCCUUUGAAAUACAGGGAUCUCAAAAGCCUGCUUGUCCCUAUAUCAAAGAUAUGGACGCCGUCAAUAAUAAUGAGGAAUUCUGCGACGAAAGUGAAAACUUUGGGCUUGGAAAACAACGUAGUCACUGUUCAUUAUGACGGAAACGUUCAACUAAAUAUCGGAGACUUUUUGGAAACUAUCUGCAGCUUCGAUGUCACACAUUUCCCGUUCGAUCGACAAACCUGUGACUUGCUCUUUAUUCCUUGGAUUUAUUCAAACGAUUCCGUUGGAUUUAAGCAGAGGGCGAAGGACAUUGAUCUGAGUUUAUUCUCUCACAAUGGAAUGUGGGAAAUCAUGGACACUAAAGCAGAAGUGCAGUAUAUCGUACCAUCAUCAGUUCCUCAGCGAGAGGUGUACGCAGAACUCAAAUACUCCAUUGAACUGGAAAGACGAUAUUCGUACUUUGUUCUAACAAUCUUCACCCCAGUAACAAUGCUACUCUUUCUGAAUUCCGCCGUUUUCAUUUUACCUAUAGAAAGCGGUGAACGUAUAGGGUACUCAAUCACGUGUCUGCUGUCAUUGGCCGUGUUUUUGACCUUGACCUCGGAAGUGUUACCAAAGACGUCAGAUCCGUUGUCCAUGCUAUCUUGUUUUCUCAUGCUUCUGGUGAUGACUUCCGCCGGAAUCUGUCUGCUGACGAUCAUAACCGUUUGGUUGCAUUACAAAGAUGACAAAUCUCCAAUGCCGAUGUAUCUGAAAAAAUUCACCUAUUGCUUGUUGUGUAGAGGGCGCAAAACCCGGGUCGCGAAUGAUAAUAGAAAAAGUUCCGUAUGUAGAGAAACACCCGUUGAAAAUAUAAGUGAAGACUCUAAAAUCAAAGUAUCGAAAAAGUCCCGAUUUAGCAAAAUAAUUUCUGUGAAGCAUAUCAACGAACCAAACAUCGGUGAUGAUGAUCAUGAGGAUUUUUUCAAGAGCCAAAAUAACGGAAAACAGUAUGCAGAUAUUACAUGGAAGAUGUUUGCUGAACUGUUCAAUUUCUUGAGUCUUGUUUUUACGCUUUGUAUAACUGGAAUUUUGGGUUCUCUGUAUGUGUUGAUUGCAAGAGGAAAUCUCUUUUUUGUAUAGAUCAACAGAUCGAAACAGACAUCCAAGUACGCACAUACCAAUACAAGUAAUUUGAAAAAUUAAAGAACGAACUACAACUGCUGAAAUCCCGGUAUAGACGCAUGUAUUUGCUGCAUGUAUAACUUAAAUAUAUGAAGUAUUUUAUUUUCUGAUAAAAUCAAUUGAAUAAGUAAGAAGUAGCCAUUCUUUGAGUUUUUAAUUAAGAGGUGAUAAAAUUAAAAAAAAAAACAACCAAAAAAAACCCCCGGGUUUUAUGAUAGAUUUGAUCGCGUACCGACCUCACCGAUCACCUCAUAAAACUCAAAGAAGGGUUGCUUAUUCCUUAUACAUGUAUUUAUAAAAAUUUCAGCAAAUGUACGAUUAAAGAAUUAAUUUAUUGACAUUUUUACGAAAUUUCACUUCGUGUAAUUAUGCGAACACUGCUUCAAUGUGUCCCAGCUGUACGUUAUUUGACACAUAUUACACGUAUUUAGUACAUGAGUAGAAAAACUGAAAGGUGUGCAUUU